AUGCUUGAUCGUCUCCUGCGCCAGCUCGACGUCCUUCGAGACGUCUUGCUCCAGCGAUGGAACUGCCGACGUCUUCCGCACCGCGCGAUCGACAUCGUUGACGUGAGCGUGCGAGGCAAAACGUUCGUGGUCACCGGACCGACGAGCGGGAUCGGCGUCACCACGGCUCACGCGCUCGCGAAGCGCGGCGCUCGGGUCAUCUUGGCCUGUCGAACCGUUAAGAAGGGUGAAGACCUCCUCGCGCAGUGGAUCACGGAGUCGGAGGCGCUGCGGACGGAACGACCGAACUGUCGAGUGAUGCAGUUGGACUUGGACUCUCUGGAGAGCGUCCGAGAGUUUGCUAAGGAGUUCGUGCGGAGCGAGGGGCGAUUGGACGUGCUGAUCAAUAACGCAGGGAUCUUCGAUAUGUCGGGGUCAUACGUGAAGACGCGAGACGGGCGAGAGCAGCACUUGCAGGCGAAUUUCCUGGCGCCGGCACUGUUGACGAUGUCGCUCUUGGACGUGCUGCGUUCGACUGGGGCGAAAACGGGCGACGCAAGGGUCGUCUUUGUUAGCAGUAAGCUUCAUGAGCUCAGCACUGGCUUAGUUUUGGACGACAUGGACUUCAAUAAGCGCCCGUACGCGGCGGCUGCGGCAUACGGAUCGAGCAAGCUCGCAGAAGUGAUGUUCGUGCGAGCGCUCGACAAGCGUCUACGGGUGCACGCGCCGGGGACGCGGGCGCUGGUGCUUCAUCCAGGUAACAUCGUCACCGGUGUCGUUCGCACUCUGCCUUGGAUCAUUCAGUUUCUGUACCGGAUCAUCAUGAGCCAUAUCCUUCUGACUCCGGAUCAGGGUGCACGCGCAUCGUUGUAUUGUGCAACUCAACAGGAGGCAGUAUCCAGCGACACAAACGGACCCUAUUUAACAUCUGAGUGCGUCGAAAACCCGCCUAGCAAGUAUGCGCUCGAUGAGGAAGCAACGGAGAGACUGUGGAAGUACACACUGCAAGAGUUAGAUCUAGAUGAUAGCUUUGAUUAA